AUGGAAAAAGUCAUGUCGAGUUCCAUGUUGGGUGCCGUGUCCAACCGUUCAGGGCCAAACGACUCCUCAAACCUGUGGGUCCCAACGAGACCCACCCCUCCAAACGUGGAGGUCGUCACCAGCUCGGAAUCUCAGAUCAAAGACCUGAUGGGGCUCUUCUGCAUGGUCACUCUAAACCUCGCUGCUCUGCUUGGCAACAGCGGCGUCAUGGUGGCGAUUGCCAGGGCCCCACACAUGAAGAAAUUUGCCUUUGUUUGCCACCUGUGCGCCGUAGACCUGCUUUGUGCCGUGUUGCUGAUGCCUCUCGGGAUUGUGUCCAGCUCCCCGUACUUCAGCACCGUGGUCUUCACGGUCUUGGAGUGUCAGGUCUACAUCUUCCUCAAUGUGUUCCUCAUCUGCGCGUCCAUUCUCACCGUCACGGCCAUCAGCGUGGAGCGGUACUACUACAUAGUCCAUCCCAUGCGCUACGAAGUGAAGAUGACCCUUAACUUAGCGAUCGGAGUCAUGGUCCUAAUAUGGGUGAAGUCUAUCCUGCUGGCCCUGGUGACUUUGUUCGGUUGGCCAGCCUACGGACACCAGAGCUCCAUCUCUGCCGCGCACUGUUCCCUGCACUGGAGCCACAGUCGCCUGAGGAAAGUGUUCGCCAUCCUCUUUAGCGUGCUGUGUUUUCUCGUCCCCGCCGUGGUGAUAUUCGCCGUCUACUGCAACGUCUACAAAGUGGCACGGACUGCAGCCCUGCAGCGGGUUCCCAUGCCGACCUGGGCGGCCAAUCCCGCCAAGCGACGGUCGGACUCGAUCAACAGCCAGACCACCAUCAUCACCACCAACCGGAGUCUGCCUCAGAGGCCAUCCCCGGAGAGGAUGUUUGGUGGUGGAAAGGCCGCUGUGACCCUAGUGGUCAUCGUGGGGCAGUUCCUACUCUGCUGGCUGCCAUAUUUUACCUUCCACCUCCACCUGUCCCUAAGCUCCACCCUUCAGAGUCCCGGGGACAUCGAGGAAGCGGUAACCUGGCUGGCGUACUCGUCGUUUGCGGUGAACCCGUUCUUCUACGGCCUGCUCAACAGGCAGAUCCGGGAGGAACUGGUAAAGCUGAGACGUUGUUGCUCUUCCAGACCGGUGGAACUCGGUGCCUCCAGCCAGGAGGGCUCCUUGCAGGAGAAUUUCCUCCAGUUCCUUCAGCGGACCACCAGCAGAGAUGACACCAGGUCCAGCUGGGCGAACUCCAGUCCAAGAAACACCGUGGACCAGGGAGUCCAGAUCCCUGGACAGAUACCCGAGGAGUUUAGCUGA